AUGAAAAAGAUGGUGGUGUUCGGUGACUCCAAUUCGGACGCCGGAAGGAGGUUCAACGCCCCGGCCAGCUUCCACUUCGACGACCAUGGGAUCGGGCCCUUCCCGUGGAAACGGGUGUACAACGGGCCGGACAGUGACGAGAAAACGGCAGCGUACAUGCCGUUUGAAGGCUCCGUGACUAAUGGAAAAGUGUGGCCGACGUGGCUCCGUAUCCCCGACGAGCACAACUUUGCGACGAGUUCAGCGACCGCCACGGAUACGUUCCGUUCUCGCGAGAGGUGCACCGGUUACACCGGGGAGGGGGAAGAUUUCCCCACGGCGACUCUGGAAGAACAGAUCGACCGAUACUUUUACGAAAUCGUCGACGAUACGAACACAAGAACUACGAGCGACACUCUAGGCUACACCCACGUUUUUUUUAUCGGGAUAAACGAGCUGAUCAUGGCGGCAGCCGCCGUCACCCGCUACUCCAUUGGAGGAGAGGGCUACCAAGACCCCGUUGCCUUCGAGAAGGUCUUCGAGGUUAAUGCAACCACCGGGUUGCCAGUAUUCGAUGAAAACGGCCUCCCAGUACCCACCUUCACUCCGAUGAUCGAGGAAGUUCUCGGUGCUUGGGAUGAGGGGAUCGCCAGGCUGAUCGACGCUGGCGUCACCGGGAGAAUCCUCCUCGCCAACGUCGGGUCUCUCAAAGGAUUGGAUGGCAUUGCCGGUACGGAAACCGCGACUGUUUUGGACCAGAUCACCUUGGUCCUUCGCAGCGGAGCCGAACUGUUGGUUGACAAGUACGCCGGUCAAGUGCGAAUGCUGGACAUGUACACCUUGUUCGCGGCGCUUGUUGACGACGAGUCCAUCUUCUUGGAUCUCGGCUUCACUCCCGGAGAAGGAUCCCUCUUGGCCGACACCUGUAUCCAGCUUAACUUCGUCGUGGACGACGCAGCCGAGAUCAUGGGGACGCAAUCCUUGCGCAACCCGGACUGCCAGGAGGAGUGCGCGCUCUGCGCCGACUCGACUACCCCGUGCGCGACGUGCUUGGUGGACCAACCUUCCAUCACCAAGUGCGACGACCCUUCGACCAAGAUCUUCUACGACAGCAUCCACUUCACCACGGACUUCCACCUCAUCUUCGGAGAGGCCAUCAGGCAGUGCUCCAAGGACAGCCCCAACUUCGAUCGCCCCUUCGUGGGAGUCCUCUGCCCUGGGGAGCAGUGGUACGGAGCGUGAUGGCAGAGGGAGUGGUAUUGUUGCUUGCCUCAACCAACCGUCGCCGUUGGUCUUGCUGUCAGAGGGUACACUGACGGUGCACCGCCUAAAGAAGAGCAGUCUGAGAGACUAGACGACACGUAUGCCUUCCUUCCUAAAGUUCACGGACUUCUGGACUAUUGAGGCGGUCAGUUUGGCAGCGUGUGUGGUCGUUCGAUUAGGUCGGUUGAACCUCGAAGGGGGGGAAUCACAUCGGAUCACAUCAUCACGUGUUCAGGGGUGCGUGGGUUCCAAAGGAGCGCGCCCGUAGACAUGGAUCAAGACAAAAAUGUCGAUGUGCGACCUCGCCAAUCUCCCACACCACUGGGAGCUUUGUUGAACCCCCCGUGGGCACUUCAAGGGCUGCCCAUGGUGUGCUCAUGACCUGCCCAUGGGCUGGCUUCCCAUGGGCGCGCCCAUGGGCAGCCCAUACACUGCCCACGAAGUGCCCACCGCGGGCACGUCAACCUAGAACUUCGCCACCGGCCUAUCAAUUGUUCAGGAGUACACUCGUUCCGGUUUAAGGGCACUCAUUGACGGUCCGUAAGCUGCCCAUGAGUUCAUGGAUAACCCAUGAACUCCCCAUGAAGUGCACACCAUGGGCGGCCCAUGGGCUUGCCCAUGGGCAUCUCCCGUGGGCGACCCAUGGGCACCGCUGUGCUCAUGGACACUUUCACCUAUAGGCUGCCCAUGGGCUGCUCAUGGGCAGUUUUUUUUCCAUCCGCGACACGUGGGCUGCCCAUGGGCAGAAUGAUAUGCCCAGGAGCAGAUCAUCAAAAACUACCGGGAGUGUGGGAGACCCGACGUCGUGAAGUCGCGACGCUCCGAGAGAACGGGUGGUGUGAGAUACAGCAAGGACGCGAGUGAAAUGCUUGCAUACAUGUGUGGCAGGCUCCUCGUUGGGUGGAUUGAUGUGGUGUGUUGCGUACUUGGCGGUUGGGCCGUGUCCAUUCGUGGAACGGCAACCUGCACAAAAGCAGUGGAGUGCGCGGUCGUCGCGAAUGUGUUUUAGACUAUUUUUUUCCAGUUUUAGGUCAUAGGCGUCAAGGCUUCGGUUCGGGCUUCACGUAGAGUCUAGUCGAGGUGUUUAGAGAACACAUAAAUCAUUGGGAAUUGGAAACUGGGUCGUAGAGGAAUGGAUAAAUGUGGCCGUGAAGGUGGUUCUUGAUAUUGCGAUAGGGGCAUGUAGCUUAAGCCGUAAAACUUUAUACAAAGAGCAUAGGCAAAGCGGAAGUUCGUUGGUAGGAAUAAAGCACUCAGUCACACAGCCGAACUGCUGACUGACUCAGAUGGUAAGACGGA